CUUUCUUUCCUUUUCCCCCUUCUUCUCCUUCUCCCUCUUGCCUCUCCUCCUCCCCCUCCCUUUCCUUCCUCCUCAUUCCAGACUGCUCAGUCAGGUCCCCCACUUCUGUUUGGAUCCAUAUUCUAGAAUUAGGGCCCUUUGGAUGGGAGGAUUCCCACAGGAGCCGGCACUGCUCAGAUGACCCCGGUCUCAGGCCUGCACCAGCCUCUGAGCCCCAGCUUCAGGAGAACGGGCAUUCAGUGGCAUUCGUUCAUUCAUUCAUUCGUUGAUUCCUCCACUCUGCCUCUGAGGACUCUGCUCUUCCCCAAGAGGGAAGCAUUCAGGAGAGAAUGGUCCCUGUGAUCCCAUCAGCCAGGUGCCAGACUCCAACUGGGGACCCGACUACAAUGGGAACUCAUCUACAUGGGGCCAGGGCUUCCAGCUUCCAAGCCAGAUGCCACCUUCCAGUUGAAGACGCGAGAAGCACCAUGGACGCCAAACAGAAGAGGCUGCAGCGACACCUGUCGGGGCCCAGAAAGGGUGCUUACUCUCGUAACCGCCUGGGUACUAUGAAGCCCUCCAAGCUGGACCCUGCCUUGACCUCCGACUCAUCUGUAAGCAGUAAAAAGGGGGCAAAGAGGGAACGUACUAUGUUCAACGAGGUUCAGCUGGAUGUUCUUCUGGGGGAAUUUCAUAAGAACCCCUAUCCCAACUAUUCUGUUAGGAGCGAGCUUGCGAACCGCCUCGAUGUUCCCGAGUCCAGGAUACAGAAUUGGUUUCAAAACCGAAGAGCCAAACAAUCGCGCCAACUGAAAGAAAAAGAGAGUUUGAAUCUGUCUGGACAGUCUCAGGACCUGGGGGAACAGAGCUCCUUGGUUCACGGCUCCAAAAACGCUCAGACUCCAGCUCCCGGCCCGGUUCCGCAGGACAGCCUCGCUGAGAGCCAGCUUGCCUGGCCGAACCGAUCCAGGUUCCCCUCCUCUAAGAUGUCCAAGGUGGCCCUUGGGGAAGGUCCUGGCUUCCCGGAGACUGUGGCUACAGCCUCGGCGCUGGCCAAGGAGGCCUCCACGAGCCCCGGAGCCUGGCUGCAGCCUCCCGCCCUGACUCUGGAGUCUCAUCCCUGCUUAAAGCCCCAGGCCUGGGGGGGCUCCUCGCAGAACACCCCGCCUCGGCUGCAGAGCCUGAAGAGGGGCCAGCAGCCGGAGAGGCGGCUUUGGCUGGAGUACCUCCGCCAGCUGCACGAGCAGUCGCAGCAGUAUCCCUGGAUGCAGGAGUACCUGGAAUACUUGCAGCAGCACCCGGUCCCGGUGGCCCCUGCCCUAGCCCCCAGCCCACCAGCAACCCCCCUUGCAGAUACUGUUCCCAGUGCCUCAGCAGCCCUGGCCACAGAUGCAGGGCCAGACUCCGCUCCUGCCAAAUGAAUCCUCCCUCGGCCUGAAGUUGCAGGAGCAUCUGGAGUCACUUCGUAUCUCAACCAUUGGACCUCUUUCUCGUCCAUCCCCCUCCCCCAAAUGACUUCUCCAUGAUCCACGAUCCAUUCAGCUUCCUGGGACCAGCCAGCUGUUUGACCCAAAUUGUCUCUUUGAUGUACUUUGAGUUUGAUGAUGGAUUCCCCUUUUGUUGUCCAAGGACAGAUCUUUGCUCCGAGGUCGGUGAUGGAACUUGGGAGGGUCUCGGUCUGAGUGGGCAGGUGGGUAUCCUAGGCCGCUCAGCUAGUAAUCAAUGAUUCAGAUCGACACCAUUGUUAGGGCAGCAACAAGCUCAUGGAAUGACGCUUACCUCUUAAUUAGUGGGUCUGUGGGCCCACUAAUUAACCAUGGACCGAGGAAGAAGGGGCGGGACCUGGUGGGCUGCCGUGCCCUGUUGGGUCUCAGUCGGAGGUGGGCUCCUGGCGCCAUACCCGCUCACCACGACACUGUACGUGGGCCGUCAGUGGAACGUCAGGGCCAAGCACCCAGAAAUGGAGGCCCUCCCAGUUCUUGUAUUAGCCUGCAAAUGGCCACCCUAAAAUGAGACUUUGUUCUCAGCUGACACAACAAAACCCACUAAUUGUAUCCAGCCAUCACUCCUCUGGGGAGGGCAUGGUAUGGAAUAAAUGUGUGUUAAGUGGGCAGGGGUGGGAGGGAGAACGGGGUAGGAGGGGCCCCCUUGAGAACUCUGCAGUUAUGCCUUAUGCCUAUCAAAAGGAACAGAAGAUGGCAAUAAUAACGAGUAUUUUUACAGGUAACAGUCCAUUUUCCUUAUCCCAACCCUGACGGGAGAUACUUCUGCAAGACUCACAAAGCAGAGGUCAGCUCGCUCCUGGCAGUAUGCUCAGGGCUUGGCUCUCGCUGCGAGCCCCCUUUCCUUCCAGUUAGGGCCCGCUGAUGGACUUAGGGUUCUCCCUCCCCUCCGCACCCCUUGACCUUCUCCAAGGCCCACUUCUCUUCUUGGCUUCCCUCUUAAGUGUCGGUUGCUUCUGGGGAAGAGGCCGGUGGGCCAAGCCGGCCUUGAUGGCCACGGCCACAGCAGCAACUUGCCUUGCUGUCCCUUCCCUUUCUCCUCUUUUCCCUCGGUCUUAAGGGGGGGCAGCGUGGCCUGAAGCGCCGGCAUGCCCCUGGGCUGGGGACCUGUGCUUGCUUGGGCCAAGGUCCCACCUCACCCCAGGCCGGGAACCCUGGGCUUGCUUGGGCCAAGGUCCCACCUCUACAGUCCCUUCCUGCAUCAGGCGGCCAUCUUUCUUGCUCCUCUGAGCAUUCCUUUCUUUUCUUGUUGCUCCAGAAGCUCUUCAUUCUUCCAGGCUCAUCUCAGGGGAUACUUUAUAUGGGAAGCCUUUGCUUAUCUCCCUCUCUUCUUAUCGACUUACUAGAUAAAUAUUGAAUUCCCAAUAGAAUGGAAGGGCCGG